AUGUAUGUGGAAAAGGAUGGAAGACAAAUCAAUAGCAUGUGUAAGACCCAAGAGGAAAUGAAGAAGAACCAAGAAGAAAGAAUUAUAGCUACAACAAAGAACACAAUAGAAAUCAUCACAGGUAAAGUAGAAGAAGUUGAGGACUGCGUCAGUAAUCUAGAAGAAAAGACAACAGGAAGCAAAGGAGGGUUCACCCUGCUUGGGGUCUUGAUCAUCCUUUCUGUCCUCUAUGAUUCAGGUCCUAGCCUGAAGUGCUACUCCUGUAUCAAUCCAGUUGAUUCGUGCACGGUCAAGAGCUGUACAGUUCAUUUUGAUUCAUGUCUCUACAUCAAAGCCAAGACCAAAACAUACUACAAGUGUUGGAAGUUUGAAAACUGCAACUACAACUACCUCUCAAAGGACUUAAGAGAGGAGACUCUACAGUACGAAUGCUGCAAGAAGGACCUGUGUAACAAAGUUAAAAGAAGCCGCAGUGGGAAGAGCAUAACAGGGACCAUCGCUCUGCUGGUGACUCCGCUGCUUAUAGCAUUCUGGAGACUUCUUAUCUAAAUCAAUACCAGAGAGAUUCUCCUAACUAGCCCUGCUUCUGUGUAUUCCUUAUUUCCUUUGCUGCCACAAAAGCUUUCAAUUUUCUUACUGGAUCCUUUUGAGAAA